AUGUCCGAUAGUCUUGGUAAACAUUCGGAUAGCCCUAGUGAAACUACCAAUGCUCCCGGAAAUCCCGUAUGUGUAGCUGGAACUGAUAUUAACCAUCUCUCUCCUCCAUCCGCCACAUUCCUAAUGAGCGAUUCUGCUGUACCUCGUGAAAUUGCUCCAGCUCCACCAGUACGGUCAUCCAGCACGUUACGAAAAAAAGAUCGACCUGUCCUCCCACUGUCCAAACCCCUUCCGACUCCUCCUCCGAAAGAGGAAAAGAAAAAGAAAAAAAAGGUUAAAUUAUUCCGAUGGCACAACCUAAUGCGUUCAGACAAGACGGAACCACAGAUAUCUGGACCCACAGACGUGAAACACGAUUUGCAUGUGGCUUUUGACAAAAACACUGGGGAGAUCAAGUUCCUGUGUUAUGCUGGUACAGUUUAUAGCCGUUACGAUCUGCAAUGCAUUGUCUGCCUGUUAUCACCGCGCUUCUCUGACCGAUUGCAUUCCGAUUUCCUAUUCCAGGGACUCCCUGAAGCAUGGCGAGCGCUACUGGUGGCAUCCAAUAUUUCUCGGGUGGAGCAGGAGAGGAAUCCGGAACUUCUGCUGGGCGUGCUCCAGUGCUUCGACGAAUCGGCGAAACAGAAAGACAAAUAUAUGACCAAUAUUUCCGUUGUAACAAAUUCUUCUGGUUCUUUGGAUUCAAUGAGCUCCAAUUCCCGGUCAUUCUCGGUGUCAUCUCAAGGUGCAAACGUGACCGCCAGUUCGGACGCAGUCUCUUUACGUUCUGCCGGACAUUUCACACCCGGAUUUCCGAACGUGUCCUCGUCUAUGGGUGCUUCAGUGGAGAACAAUAGUGUGUUGUUCACCAUGGGUGAUGCUGCACUGACUUGUGGAAUGAUCAAUCCGGCAGUCACACAUUCCGCGGCUGGCAGCAGUAGCAGUGGACGUGGAAGUAGUUGCACUACGCACAGUGGCCAUGGGGUUAACGGCAGCGGAAACGGAGUAGUCGGUGGCGUUUGUGGCAACGCGACUCACGGUCUAAGUUCGGCAAGUUUGGUUGAGCUAAUGUCCAAUCGGAACAAUGCCUGUCACGGUCGUCGUACUAGUACCGGUGGAGCAGUGUACUUGGGUGGUCCCGGUUCAAUGCAUCCGUUUGCUGGUGGUGGUCGAGCAAGUGGCUCGACGAUUCCUGAAAUUUCCCCUGCUCUGACUGGUCAUGAGUGUUCGGAUGUGACACAUUACGGUUCCGGUUCAAUGGCUUCCACAAAUACCGGCACAUUGACAAAUGGUCAUUUCAUGUCUCAAGGUCGUUUCCUACGGGAGCACGAAACCGGAUGCGGUGUGACCGAAUGUCAUAAUACCCAAACCACCGGGUCCGCACCAAUCCUUCCGAGGACAUCCGCGGUCAGUGUGAGUGAGCUCAGUAGCGAUCGGUAA